ACCAAAGAAAGAGUUUAUUUGCCGGUUUUGCCAGCGUCAUUUUACGAAGUCCUACAAUCUUUUGAUCCAUGAACGCACGCACACAGACGAACGUCCUUAUCCUUGUGACAUCUGCGGCAAAGCGUUCAGAAGACAAGAUCAUCUUAGAGAUCAUAGAUACAUCCACUCCAAAGAGAAGCCGUUCAAAUGCAGCGAAUGCGGCAAGGGCUUCUGUCAGUCGAGGACUUUAGCAGUUCAUAAAACACUUCACAUGCAGGAAUCUCCUCACAAGUGCGCCACCUGUGGCAAGACGUUCAACCAGCGUUCCAAUCUGAAGACACACCUCCUUACUCACACCGACUUCAAACCCUACAACUGCGGAGAUUGUGGGAAGGUGUUCCGCAGAAAUUGCGAUCUCAGACGACACACGCUGACGCACUCGCCGCUCCUGAAUCCCGACGGCGCGCUGGCCGAUGUCUCCAUGGCAACCAGUGAUAGUGAACUUCCGGAUCAAAGUUAUGUCGAAGUUUAAAUAAUAGUUGUUUGAGUGAAAUGACAUUUUUUUGUUCUUUUAUGGAACUUCGUUAGCAAAAUCUACUUUUAUGUUCAUUUAUGGAACUUCGUUAGCAAAAUCUACUGACUUACGGAGUGAAAAUACAUACAAUUCCAUUCACCAUUUGAAUGAAAAGAAGAUCACUAAAACAACACUCGAAAAAUAAUUUUCAAGGUCUCGUGGCGACAAAGCUAUGAUUUUAUUAUUAUCACUAUAGAUUUGUAAAUAUAUAUGGAUAUUUAUUUUCUUGUAUAUACGUCACUUUUGCCGUGCAAUUCGGUAAGAAAACAGCAUGGAAAAUGAUCUGAAUUCGCAAACCACAUAGUUAUAUUAUCUGUAUAGAAACUACUUUAUUUUUAAGUUUUUGCUGAUAUUUUAGAAAAUGUCAAUAUUAAUUUGUUAAUCAUUUUGCUGCAUGCCAAUUAGAAAAGAAGAAACCGAAAUUCUCAGGGCUAACGACAAUUAUACCAAUGAUUACUUGAUGAUUGAAUGGUGCUUUAAGUAAUUAUGAUAAUGGAAAUUAAUUUUAAAUUUAGUUUUUAAUUUAACUUGAAGCUUUAAUGCUCUAUGCUAAUUGGUGCCAUAAAUUUCAAUGUACUAAUUUGUUUGUAGUGAUUUGAUGAAUGUCUGUCUAUAUGUUUGCUGCAAUAUGUCAUGUGCUUACGUGUUUCUGCCUUUAAGACUGUCUGUCUGUCUGUCUGUUUGUCUGAAUGUCUGUUUUUCUGUAUGUAUGUUUGCCGCAAUAUGUCGUAGUUUCAUGUAUGUCUUUGUCUCUUUGUCUGUCUGUCUGACUGUCUGUCUGUUUUUUCGCAAUAUGUCAUGUGCUUGUCUGUUUGUUUGUCCACUUGUCUGUUUAUCUGUUUACUUGUCUUAUUGUUUGUUGACUUCCCACUGCACCUGUCUGCCUUUGUUAAUUAAUUUAUAUAGUAG